GGGACUGGGCGUUUUGGGGGUAGAGGAGGAGAGGCCUGGGGAGUUGGGGGUAGAGAUGUCUGGACAGGGAGAUCUAAGGAAAGUAGGGGAGAGACAGGGUCUGUUGGGGAACCAUGUUGGGGUGAGGGAGGAGGGUGGUGAAGGAGUUGGGGUGCAGGAGAUGGCUGGUGGGGGAGCUGGUGGCUGGCAGGACAGGCGGUGGCUGGUACGGGAGGGGGAGCAUUGCCCCCCGCAGGCACUGUCCUUCUGUGGCAGCGGUUUCCUGGUGGUGUAUCAGAUUGGCGCGGUGCAAUGUUUGCUGCGCCACGUUCCGCAGGUGAUGCGGGGAAUCCGCAGAGUUUAUGGAGCAUCGGCGGGAUCCCUCAUCGCUGCCGCUGUUGUCUGUGGUGUUAAUCUGGACGGCUUCUAUUGGAACAUUGGAAAAGCCUCUAAAAUGUGCAGGGAGCAUGUCUUGGGGGCGAUGCACCCGACCUUUAACAUGCUGGAGGUUCUUAGGGAAGCUGUGAUCAGGAACCUCCCGUCAAACGCUCAUCAGCUGGCCCACGGCAAACUUUUCAUCUCCCUGACCCGCAUUCCUGAUGGAGAGAACGUUUUAGUUUCUGAUUUUGCCUCCAGAGACGAACUUGUCCAGGUACUGGUCUGUAGCUGCUUUUUUCCUGUCUACUGCGGAUUCAUCCCUCCGAUCUUCCGUGGAGUGCGCUAUAUUGACGGAGGAUUAAGCAACAAUCAGCCUUUGUUUGAUGGAAAGAGGACGAUCACCAUUUCACCGUUCUCUGGCAAGACGGACAUUUGCCCAAGCAGCGAUAUCGGCUACACCAUGGGAUUCAGCAAUAGCAGCUACACCUUGUGCCCGGAGAACCUAUUGCGCUUCAUCUUCGCGCUCAUCCCACCACAUUCUGAGAUGUUGAAGGAAUUCCGGCAGAAUGGUUACCGGGAUGCCCUGGAAUUUCUGAGGGUGAGCUGGAGUGAAGAGAUUUUCUGAUCACGUGGAGGAGCACUGCUAUUGGCGGACAAGCUCAGAAAUAUAUUUUAGUCCUCAAUGUAACUGAUAUGUGCAACCGCCUUGGCAGGUUCUUGUCUCCCCAAAUCCCUUCAAAAGAAGCUAAAGUGUGAACGAGAAAGAUCAUUCUUCCUGUCAUCCCUACUUUCCAUUGAGCACAUAACAUACACAUCACAGUCCCAACCCCUGAGCCUCCCAUGCCUCCAAUCACUGGUCCACUCGUGUAAGGCCAGGGCAAGGAAUCCCGUUUGUUCCAGCUUCCUAAUUAAGCCCUAGCCUUGUGCCUUCACUGGUUGUGACGCUGAG